AGAGCUCCAUCUGCCCUCCAGGAACCCAGCUAUGAAAUCCCUCUCCGCACGCGCCUUCUCUCUGGGGCUGCUCCUGGUGGUGGCUACUGCAUUCCCCACCCCAGAACCUCUGGAAGAAGUUUCCACAGAUGAUGCUACCCCAAACAAGCCAUCACUCACCACUCCAGAGCAAACAGAAGGACUGGUGAAGCACCUCCUCUCAAAAAUCGAUGAACUGAUAGAGCAGCUGUGUGAAAAGGGUCCCAAAUGCGGAGACGCCAAGGAGGCACUGGCAGGAAACAACCUGAAGCUUCCACAGAUGACAGACAAAGAUGGAUGCUUCCAAGCUGGAUUCAGUCAGGACAUUUGCAUGCAAAGUAUCGCCUCUGGACUUGCAGGGUAUCAUGCAUACCUGGAAUACAUCGAGGACAAGUUUGAGGGUGAUAUGAACAACGCCAGAGCUUUGGAUAUGGGCGUCAAAUAUCUGAUUGAGAUCCUGAAGGAAAAGAUAAAGAAUGCAGAGGCAGCAGCCACCCCUAGCCCAACAGCAAAUGCCAAACUGAUAGAGGAGCUGCAGUCGCAGAAUGAGUGGGUGCAGCACACGGCGAUUAACAUCAUCUUGCGCAGCCUUAAGGAAUUCCUGCAGUUCAGCUUGAGGGCUAUUCGGAUGAAUAAGGGGGGCAACUAAACUAAGAUUGUUGUAGUUCAUGGGCAUUCCUUCCCCUGGUCCCAAACCACUCCACUGUGCACAUAACUUAGGUUGUUCUCUGUGAAGAACCUAAAGUAUAAGUGUUAGGACACUAUUUUAA